AUCUCCCCGAGUACACACUCACACACACACACACACGCACACACAAGCAGCGGCCACAUCCACUGUAGACAAAUCCCCGUUCAGUGACGUGUUUUAUAUUAGCCUUUUUUUUUAAAUGCCUCUUCAAGCCUUUUCCAUUAUACACUGAUUCAAAUUCCACCAGGACACUUCACUCUCCCGCGCGCGCUCCGCAUUUCCAUCAUUUCUAAUCACUCCUGUUUAUUUAUAUAUUUAUUUAUUUUUUUUGCCUCGAUAGACUCGUUAUUUAGCCUAUCCACCGUCCACCCCCUCUCUUCGUUUUCCCUCCAUCUCUUUCUCUUUGGGAGUGCAACGCUGCUGCGAAGCUCUGAACUAAAAAAAAUAAAAACAAAAAUCCCUGCAGCAGGGGAGCAGUGACCAUGGGGUUUCUCUCGGACGCCGUCUUCUAACAGCGGACAGGACAGAGCGCGGGACAGCUGUCCACAGCCGCCACCAGCACCAAGCCUACAGCGAGACGAGCAGCGAGAGAAAGAGAGAGAAAGAGAUCGAGGCAAACGAGAGAGGAGCGCAAGCAGGAGAGAAGGGCGCAGGUGAAAACAGUCGAUGGAUGCUGUCCGGAUUGAAGGGACAGCACGUUCUUCACUGACGGGGAAAAGAAAGAUUUCAAAAUUGAGUCGAAGGAUAGAAACUCGCCGUCAGGCAUGGUGUGUGAGAAGGGGAUCCAGAUCCUCCUCACCACCGUGGGGGCAUUCGCUGCCUUCGGCCUGAUGACGGUGGCAAUAGGGACGGACUACUGGCUGUACUCCCGUGCCCUCAUCUGCAACAGCACAGCCAACAUCACCCAGGAUGACCCCCAUAAUAAGGACAAAAAGGACCCUGGGGCGCUCACCCAUUCUGGGCUUUGGAGAAUAUGCUGCCUGGAAGGAGUGAAGAGAGGAGUGUGUUCUCAGAUCAACCACUUCCCAGAGGACGCCGACUUUGACCAUGACGGGGCAGAGUACGUCCUACGGGUAGUCAGGGCUUCCAACAUCUUCCCAAUCCUCAGUGCCAUCCUGCUGCUGAUGGGAGGCGUUUGCAUCGCCGCUAGUCGUUUCUAUAAGAGCAAAAGGAACAUCAUCCUCGGGGCAGGAAUCCUCUUUGUGGCUGCAGGUCUGAGUAACAUCAUUGGAGUCAUCGUUUACAUCUCCGCUGCUCUGGGGGACAUUUCCCCCAAAAAGGACGAGGACAAGAAGUGGCAGUACUCGUACGGGUGGUCCUUCUACUUCGGGGGGCUGUCCUUCAUCAUGGCGGAGAUGGUGGGCGUGCUGGCCGUGAACAUCUACAUCGAGAAGAACAAGGAGCUCCGCUGCCGCUCUCGCACCGACAUUUUCAAGAGCACCACCCACGCCAUGCUGCGCCUGCCCAGCUACCGCUUCCGCCGCCGCUCCCGCUCCUCGUCCCGCUCCACCGACCCCUCCCGCUCCCGAGACCCCUCGCCCGUUGGCGGGGGCGGGGGGAAGAACUUCGGCCUGCCCCCCUCUGCGCUGCUUUCGCAGGGCCCCAUCUCAGUGUCCACUUUACCGAACCCGCACUCCCGCUCCCACACGGCUCUGGCUGGAGGCGACAUCUCCCUCUACACGUUGUCCCGAGACCCCAAACUGGGGGGUUUGCCGCCCAUGUACGGAACGGUGGACAGGGCCACGCUCUACCAGCUCCACAACUGCUUCCCGAAGGACGGGGGCGGAGGCGGAGGCGGGGUGAUGAUGAGCGGUACGCUCCCCUCGCUCAAGUCCCACAAUCCUUCCAAUUCUUCCAACUCCAACGCACCGAUGCCCAACUCGGUGGGCUCCGGCCCGCCGCCCUUCACCUCCUCCACCGUCGACAGGGAGCGAGGGAUGGGCACUCUGGACAGGCUGAAGGGAGACCGGGAGAGCAACUCCAACACCCUCAACAGGAAGACGACGCCCGUGUAGACGGAGGGAGGCGAGGAGGAGGAGGAGGAG